UUUAGACUUGGGUCCUGAAAGACUGAAAUCGGAUUUGUAGUCCAAUUGUACUGUACCCGGCAAAGCCUUUGACAGGGACGCGAACAUAUUUGAAGUACUAUACAGAACGUUAUGGCUUCCAUGCUCUUGAAGUCAAUGCGGAGCUCCCCUGUCAACCCCUCGUGGGCUGUGCAGUAUGCCGCACGAUCCCUUAGCAUGACGACUCAAGUAAACGCUCAAGCUCAGACAAAAAGCAAGAAGACACUAGCCCGUCCUGGCGUGAGGAACAUAGUACUGGUGGAAGGAGUGCGAACUCCCUUCCUAAUGUCUGGAACUACCUAUGCUGACCUGAUGCCUCACGACUUGGCCAGAGCAGCUCUACAAGGUCUUCUGCACAAAACAGGCUUACCCAAGGAUGCUGUGGACUACAUCAUUUAUGGAACAGUCAUUCAGGAGGUUAAAACAAGCAAUGUUGCUCGAGAGGCAGCGCUGGGUGCAGGCUUCUCAGACAAGAUCCCCGCUCAUACAGUCACCAUGGCUUGUAUCUCCUCCAAUCAGGCCAUGACCUCGGCUGUUGGCCUAAUUGCUGCCGGGCAGUGUGACGCGGUAGUGGCAGGUGGAGUCGAAUUCAUGUCCGACGUUCCUAUCCGUCACAGCCGCAAGAUGAGGAAGACGAUGUUGUCGCUCAGCAGGGCAAAGACCCUCGGCCAGAGGCUCGGUCUAAUUGGAAGCAUCCGUCUGCCACACCUCUCACCAGAACUGCCCGCUGUCGCCGAGUUCUCUACUGCCGAAACAAUGGGGCACAGUGCCGACCGCCUGGCUGCAGCGUUUGGAGUCUCCAGAGUGGAGCAGGAUGAGUUUGCUUUGAGAUCUCACACUUUUGCCAAAAAAGCCCAAGAUGCAGGUCUGCUGCAGGAUGUCAUCUCCUUUAAAGUGCCCGGCCGUGAUAUUGUUUCCAAGGACAACGGCAUCCGUCCAUCCUCCAAGGAGCAGAUGGCCAAACUGAAAGCAGCCUUUGUUAAACCUCACGGCACCGUCACCGCCGCCAACUCGUCCUUUUUGACUGACGGUGCCUCUGCUGUGCUCAUUAUGUCUGAAGAGAAAGCUCUGGCAAUGGGCUACAAGCCUAAAGCCUACCUGAGAGACUUUGUUUACGUGUCUCAGGACCCCAAAGAUCAACUACUUCUGGGGCCAACUUACGCUACACCCAAGGCCUUAGAACGUGCUGGCUUGACCAUGAAUGACAUUGAUGUGUUUGAAUUCCACGAGGCAUUCGCAGGUCAGAUUAUGGCAAAUCUGAAGGCCAUGGACUCGGAUUGGUUUGCCCAGACAUACAUGGGCAGAAAAACAAAGGUGGGUACUCCUCCCAUGGAGAAGUUCAAUAACUGGGGAGGCUCUCUGUCCUUGGGCCAUCCAUUCGGUGCCACCGGUUGCAGACUGGUCACCACGGUUGCACACAGACUGCAGAAAGAAGGAGGACAGUUUGGACUUGUGGCAGCGUGCGCUGCUGGAGGACUGGGUCACGCCAUGGUGAUUGAAGCCUACCCCAAGUAAAGCAUGUAAACUACCAUCACUAACCAGACUCAUCACAAGAUCAACACACUCACGCACAUUUAGUUACAGCCCAAAUGUAUAUAUUUGCACCACUCUGCCUUGAGGAGUCAAUCUCGGUGUGGACGCGAUUGUGGAAAAACGGCUGUUAAUUUAUAGCAGUGGAAUGUUGCCUUUUGGUUUUAGGGAAUGGCAGAGGCAUCAUGUCGGCACUUUGAGCCAAAUGUAUCAAUCAUGAUGCUGUUAAGGCCUUUAACGGAGUUAAAAUCAUGCUGUUUAUACUUGUGAGAAUGUUUUUUUUUUUCUUAUAAACUGUCCAAAUUAAAGGAUGUGAUGACAA